CCUCACCUACAAACUCACACACGCUCACACAUACACACACACUCACACACAGCACAGCACAGCAAUCAAACCAACCGCUGAAGAGGAACCAUGGCGAAUUGCAAACUGUGUGUCCUGGCAGCCCUCUGCUCCCUCCUCAUCCUCGCCACCUUCACUGGCAGCACACAGUCAGCAAGCUGCUGCCUGAGCUACACAAGGCGUGUCUAUCGAUGCAAGCAGCUGAUGAACUACAGCAUCCAAACUAUCAAUGGCUCCUGUGACAUCAGUGCUGUUAUUUUCAACAUUCAGAACAAGUUUGUGUGUGCAAACCCCAAUGAGCCCUGGGUUAUGAGAGGGAUCAAGUGCUUGAAUGCAAGGAGGAUGAAAGCUCACGUCUGAAAAGAGAAAUCUCCUGGAUCCUCUUGUGAUUUUUAUUUUAUUAUUAUUUUUUUUUAAUUUAUCAUAGAUUGUAUAUCUUUGUAUCUACAUAAUGUGGUACUUUCAUGCAUCUUUAAGUCUAAGCACCUGUAUUGCAAGAUUGCAAAAGAUAAUAUUGGGGACUUUCAUGUCUAUUUGUUCUGUUUUAUAAACAGGAAGUGUAGUAUUCUUAAUACACGUGGACUGUAGCUACAGUUAUUUGAAAAAAACAAACAAACAUGAAAACAUGGUUUUCAGAAAGUAUUACAAAAUAUUUUUGUGUUCAAUGAAAUAGGGAGGCAAAGGCCCAACCCUUCAGAAAAAAAAAAAAAAAAUGUAUAGCAGUCAGCAGUGACAAAUAAUGUUUUGAUCCUGUUGAAACUGUUGCAUGAAUUACUCAUAUGCUGUUUGUCAAUCUAAAAUAUUUAUUUGCAAGUUUAUGGUAAAACUGAGGUAUAAAACUUGUAUCUCAGUGGGACCUUCGUGGCUAAAGAUAAAAAUAAAGAUAAAUAAAAUAGAUACAAUUUUAAAAAUCCACAUAAACGACAUCAUAACUUUCUUUCUCCACAAACUGGCUCUCCUUUUGUGUAGCUGCUGCUCUCAACAUGGCCAGAGAUAUAGCCUUUUUCACCUCCUUUAAUAUUUUUUCUUUAAUUCGGGAAGAAUCAGGUGAAAUGUGCUCAGGUGGAAGUCAUAUUGUGCGACUGUACUUUUUCAAAACAGCGAUGAUGCAAACUGACAUCAUAUGUGUAAUUCAUAUGUGUAAGAAUGAUUUGUCUUUAGCUUUUGGCAACCAUGAAUACUUUUCCCAUAAUAAGAUCCUGUAGGAGGCAGUGGAAGGGGAGAUUAUUCUUGUA